GACAAACACGCAAGGUUGUUUUCACUCAUCAACAUCAACGUGUCAACCCUACUUUCAAACAGUCCGCAAGGACCACCUCUUCUUUGCUCGCCGCCUGCUGCUGCCGUCCAUCGCGCAGUGCGGCCGCCCGUCCGCCGCCCUCGUCAGACACCUGCGCAAUCAUUACCUGCUCCCGCCGUCCGCCCCGAGAAUCAAAUCUCGGCACGAACUGGCACAAUUUUUCAGCUACUCUGGGACUGCUACGCCUGAUAUGGGCGUCAGGGGUCCUGUUGCUACAGAUGUUGCUGUCAACCCUGAGGCUGCUGCCGCUACAGCUGCUACAGCUGGGUGUGCUGCUGGGCUGACCCCAGGGGGUGGUGUGCUGGCGACGCCUGAUUGGUGCGUGGUGGUGGGCCAGCGCGACACAACAAGGCGGAUUGUGGGGCGGACACACAUACUGGAGGAGCUGCAGGCAUUCUUUCCAAAAGAGAGGAUUGUG